AAAGUGAUUCAAUUUGAUUACUUCCAUUGAGGUCCGAGCCCUGGCAGUGGACGGACAUAGUUGAUUCACUGAGUAUCGAUGCUUGUGCUCUAAUAUGAAGUAUAUGUUAAUCAUUUUAGCCGCUGCGACGGUUGCUAGUGGAAUCCAGUACAAUGGGCUCAGAGUGAAAUUCGGAUGGUCCGACGCGUUAGCGAACAAGGAAUACUUCUUCAGUAUCCCGCGUACCACGUCACAAGCUGAAAGCGAGGGAUGGAGGCGCACUGAGCGGCCCCCCGGCCCCCUCCCCGAACUGAGGUUGUAUUGCUCCACUGACCGCUAUGUGUGCCCUCUGUUUGAUGCUGCUGGCUUCGUUGCUGGCUUGCAAAUUGCUCUUCCCGUUGAUGAGUUCGAGUCUCCAGCCAUAAAGCCGGAGAAGAGGUUUGUGAAAUGGCGCGCACCCGCCACUGAAACGGAACCAGCGAGGGAUUAUUGGACUGCUACGCAGUAUUACGUUUCUGAAGAAUCAUUGAAAGCCGGCGCAGGACCGCAAGUGGAAAAUGGUGCUACAUUGCAAGAUGGCGGCGUGUGGGUCAGUGACCUUGAAGGGCAACUCAUUAGGAUCCCUAGUACUGAAGCUGAACUGAACACUACGUUGUUUAAAAAACAAAACUGCAUACCAAAUAUGGGUACCCACUACCACUGGAACAUGACUCGCGAGACGAGCUGCGACGACCUCUUACCCUGGUUCGCUUUAACCACGAACGGAGACCUAGUGGGAGUCGGUUUUCAAUUCUUCGGCUCGCUCGCCGAACAGCCCAGUAAAAGAGAGUGGUUCGAGAAAUACAAGGGCAAAGACCCAGCGGCGUUUCAGAUGGUAGUACCUUUCGCUCCGGACUGCUACCUCGACUAUGCGUCAAAGUAUGAUGGCAUAGGCCUUCAUAUCUACUUCAUUGAUGACCCUUGGAACAUUCGUUGCUUACCCGGUGAUUCCAUAAAACCCGCCGCCAUUAUCGACAGAAUCAAACUAACCGGCCACAGAUACGCGAGCAAAGUCCUGGAUGAAGUGAAGAGUAUUUUCACCUAAACAUUAACUGUAUUAAACACUGAAUGUCGCAAA